AUGACGACCGAACGCGAGGCCAACAUCUACGAAGCCAAGCUCGCCGAGCAGGCCGAGCGCUACGACGAGAUGGUGGCGGCCAUCAAGAAGGUCGCUGCGUCGCUGAAGACCGGUGAGGGUCUGUCCGUCGAGGAGCGCAACAUCUUCAGCGUGGCCUACAAGAACGUCAUCGGCUCGCGCAGGGCUACGUGGCGCAUCGUCUCCUCCAUCCUCAAGAAGGAGGAGGACCGACCGGAGAAGAUCGAGAUGAGGAUCAAGCACGCUCGCGCGCUGGCCAACAAGGUCGAGGGCGAGAUGAACUCCAUCUGUAACGACUGCCUCAAGGUCAUCGACGACCACCUCCUCCCCUCGGCCGCCUCGGACGCCGAGAGCAAGACCUUCUACUACAAGAUGAAGGGCGACUACCACCGGUACAUGGCUGAGUACUCGUCCGGCGAGGGUCGCCAGAAGGCCGCCGAGGCCUCCCUCCAGUCCUACCAGUCCGCCGCCGAAGUCGCCAAGGAGCUGCCGUCGACGCACCCGAUUCGUCUGGGCCUCGCGCUCAACUUCUCCGUGUUCUACUACGAGAUCCUGUCGUCGCCCGAGAAGGCGUGCCAGAUCGCCAAGCAGGCCUUCGACGAGGCCAUCAACCACCUCGACGGCAUCGGCGAGGAGGAGUACAAGGACGCGACGCUCAUCAUGCAGCUCAUCAGGGACAACCUCACGCUAUGGACUUCUGAUAUGCAGGAGGGAGACGAAGACGACGACGACGAGGGCCAGGAGAAGAAGGAGGAGCAGGACUAG